AGAAAAUCCCUCAGUUGCAGAAUAAGCAAAAAUAUAUACUUAGUCGAAUAUAUAACAAAUGUGGUUAUUAAUGCUUUUUGGUUUUUCAAAUCAAAUAAAAUAACAUAAAACAAUGACUGUAAAGUGUAGUAUGAAAAGACGUUACGUUAAGCGUAAAAAUGUAGUAUAAAGCAAAAACAAUCUAUUAGCUAAGCAACCUUAAAAUAAUUAACCAAUCAACUACGUAACACCGACCAACCGUCCGCUUCUAUUUCGGAAAUUACUUAGUUAAAACGUGUAAAAAACUUAGCAUAUUUAAUAGCAUACUCAAUAGCGCUGCAUGCUUCAGUUCACCUAUGCGCGUUCAUAUAAUAAACAACCAAUACAGUGACGAAAUCAAUGAAAAAUUCCGACACAUAGCAAGAAAGAGAGGUAGAGCGCAUCGAAACCACGAUAAAAACGUUCUGUCUAUAUAAAAAUCCGUGAGAAAAGCUCCCGGAAAGCUUUCGCAGCAAAAGAAAAGACGCCAUAAAACAAAUUGUAAAAACAAACACAACAAAAACAAAGACUAAAAACUAAAAUAAAGCAUAAUCAAAGGAAAUUAAAAAAGAGAGAGAGAGAGAGAGAGUUAGAGGGUUGAGAGCGUAAAUUCAAUUCAAUGAAACUUACGCGCGAUUCAAAAGCACAUGAGUAGCAGUUAUAGUAGUACGCGACGGCACAAACUCACAUAUCCUCGUAAACAGCACACAUACAUACUGACACACACGUGCCUGAACAACGUCAGAACGUAUACAUACGAACAAACAAACAGCUAUACAAAUUACGUACGAGAGAUUUUGUCAAAUGUAAAGGAACUUCAAGGAUUUCAAGAUAUAUACAAAUUAACGACAGCGAUAUGCUAGACUCAAUAGCAAGUGCUGCCGAAGUGUAAAAAAUAGAAACUCACAACCACAUUUAUGUGCGUGUAGAAACAUACACAAACAUAAACAACUAAAAAAAUCAAGAAGGACAUCGGGAGUGAAAACUUGAAGGCGAAACUCAUUUACUGUUAAUAAAAGAAGAAAAAUAAUUAAGAAGCACAAUUGUAUAGGAGUGGGGAUACAAUUUAAAUAAUAGUAUAGUGUGCUUUUUGGCGUAGAGGCAGCUGGUUUGUUGUAUGCCACCUGCAGGUGCAAACUGCAGCGUUGAAAUCGCGUUUAAGCGCAACACUUUGAACAUAUCAAAAUAAAAACUUAUAUACACACAUACACAUACUUACACAAUCAUACACUAUACACGCAACGCAACGCCGAAAAAUAUGCAACACUAGUGCAGUGUCACUUUUGAAGUCAGCAGCAGAAUGUCCUUAGGCGAACUUUGUGAGCUGCUGCCAGGCAGUACAAUGCGAAGGAUCAACAACAAUUUUAGCGCAUUUGCAAUGACUGCCGUUAGUUACCUCUCUAACGGUACAAUAACAUGCCACGGUAGCAGUAGUGGUGGCAGCGGCUGCUGCAUUAGUGGUCGUCUAAUAAAUCGGCAUAGCAACGACUACAGUAGCUGUUGCAACAACAACAACAGUAGCAGGCAGCAACUGCAAACUAUACAACAAAAACUGCCACUUCGGCAAACAUUGCGACAGCAAAGGAACAAUGGCAAUAUCAAUGCAAACUACAAAUUCAGAAACAGCAUCAAAGCAAAAACAACAACAACAUCAACAAUAACAACGAGCACAUCAAGUGCAGUGCCACAGCUUGUGGGUUGCCCCGAAGCUGGCGACGAUGUGCCGUCAUAUUCGCCCUAUUCGAGUUGUGGACGGCUGAAACAGCGCCGAAAGUUGAGAACGCUGUUGCCGACAAAUGUGACCGCCUCGGCGUAUGCCCUUACCGGUUUGGUGCUGUUGUGUUCGGUGCUUCUAUCGCCAUGCCACGCUUUCCAGCUGGAUGGCUCACAAAAUUCUUUCGCCCAAUUUCGCAAAUGGUAUACGGGACUCAAUGGCUCGCUGGAGCUGGAGUUUAAGACUGAGCAGCCCAACGGCUUGGUGCUUUACACCGAUGAUGGCGGUACAUAUGACUUCUUCGAGCUGAAACUGGUGGAGGGUGCAUUGCGUUUGCGUUAUAAUUUGGGCGGUGGAGCGCAUAUCGUAACUGUCGGCAGAGAAUUACAUGAUGGCCAUUGGCAUAAAGUGCAGGUGUUGCGCAAUGAUGAACAAACAUCACUGAUUGUGGAUGGCGUGUCGCAGAGCAGUACGACCAAGGGCAAGGAAUUUCAAUUUGGAAAAUUUGCCACCAACUCUGACGUCUAUGUAGGCGGCAUGCCAAAUUGGUACAGCACAAAGUUGGCAUUAUUAGCCUUGCCAAGCGUGAUCUUCGAGCCGCGAUUCCGGGGUGCCAUUCGCAAUUUGGUAUACGCCGAUCAGCCAGGUGGGGCGACACGCCGUCAGGAAAUGAAGCAGCCACGUGAUAUAAAGUGUGGCGACGGCCCCUGCGAUAACGGUGAAAUGCCAAAGGAGAAGGUACCUAGGGGUGUACGUGGCGGUAAUACCACAGAUGCUUGUGAACGAAGUGAUCCUUGCCAACAUGGCGGUAUUUGUAUCUCAACCGAUUCGGGGCCAAUAUGUGAGUGUCGAAAUCUCGAAUAUGAUGGACAAUAUUGUGAAAAGGAAAAAGCGCCAUCAGAAGCCACGUUUCGCGGUCAACAGUUCCUGUCGUAUGAUCUUGGUCAAACUAGUGCCGAGCCGAUUGUAAGCGCUCAGGAUGCCAUUACGCUAUACUUUCGCACUCGUCAACCCAAUGGUUUAUUAUUCUAUACAGGGCACGGUACUGAUUACCUUAAUUUGGCGCUACGUGAUGGCGGCGUUUCACUUACUAUGGGUUUAGCUAACGGUAAACAAGAAAUGCAUAUCAAACCAUCCAAGGUACGUUUUGAUGAUCAUCAAUGGCACAAAGUAACGGUACAUCGUCGAAUUCAAGAAAUAUCUUCGAUAACAAGCUUCUGCAGACUUGUCACGGUUGUUGAUGAUGUUUACACCGAUCACUCGCAUAUUGCCGGCAAAUUUACAAUGUUAUCUUCGUCUCGUGUUUAUGUUGGCGGUGCCGUCAAUCCACGUGCGCUGCUCGGUGCUCGUGUACAUAAUAACUUUGUAGGCUGCCUUCGUAAAGUUGAGUUCUCUGCCGAUACAUUGUUAUUGAACCUCAUCGAUUUGGCUAAAAGUGGUUCAAAACUGAUUCAAGUGGCAGGUAAUGUCGAAUAUCAGUGUCCCAUUGGCGAUCCACAGGACCCAGUUACGUUUACCACAAGGGAAUCGCAUUUGAUUUUACCACCAUGGGAGACGGGCAAACAAAGCUCUAUAUCCUUUAAAUUUCGUACCAAGGAACCUAAUGGAUUAAUAAUUUUGGCCACUGGCUCCAAACAACCUCGCUCGAAGAAUGCCGUACUAUUUGCCAUUGAGUUAUUGAAUGGACACAUUUACAUACACUUGGACUUGGGUUCGGGUGCGGCGAAGGUGCGUGCCUCACGUCGUCGAGUUGACGACGGUGAUUGGCAUGAUUUGAUAUUGCGGCGGAACGGACGGGAUGCAAAGGUAAGCGUCGAUGGCGUUUGGAAUGAGUUCCGUACACCGGGCGAUGGUACCAUACUGGAACUGGAUGGACAUAUGUAUGUCGGUGGUACGGGUCCAGCGUACAAUAAUAUCGCAUGGCCGCCGGCUAUCUGGACGGCAACAUUGCGGCAAGGUUUUGUCGGUUGCUUGCGUGACUUGGUUUUAAGCGGCAAGGCAAUCGAUAUUGCAGCAUUCGCACGCUUGCAGGACUCAGCAUCGGUGAAGCCAUCAUGCCAUGUACAGGCCAACGUUUGUUCCGGCAAUCCCUGCUUGAAUGGUGGCACCUGUAUAGAAGGCUGGAAUCGUCCCAUUUGCGACUGCACUGCUACACUAUACGCCGGACCGACAUGUGGACGCGAGUUGGCCACAUUGGCCUUCAACGGCAGUCAACAUAUGACUGUAUGGCUGGGCAAUGGUCAAGGCACCAAAACUCAAACUGAAGAGCUUAUAAUACGUUUCAAAACAUCGCGACCCACCGGCUUAAUACUGCUAACAAGUGCCGAGUCGAAUUCGCCAGAUCGCUUGGAGAUUGCGCUGGUGGCGGGACGUGUGCGUGCCAGUGUGCGUUUAAGUGAUCGAGAGAAGAAUUUACUUGCCGGUCAAUCGGUGCUGAAUGACAACAACUGGCACACAAUACGCUUCUCGCGACGUGCCUCCAAUCUACGGCUACAAGUUGACGGGGUUCCCCCUGUCAGGGGUAUGUUAUCGGAGACUAUACUCGGUCGCCACAGCACCAUCGAGAUACGUUCCAUUCACUUGGGUGGAAUGUUUCAUGCCGAGGAGGAAAUCCAAAUGACGUCGACAAUGCCGAAUUUCAUUGGCCAACUACAGGGAUUUAUUUUUAAUGGACAGAGAUAUAUUGAUAUUGUUAAAAAUUUGGGUCCCGAGUUAUCGGCACUGCCAAGCGCGACCUUCAAGUUGACAGCGCGUUUUGUGAACUCACCACCCGGUAAUCCCUAUCAUGCUGCCACCUUCCGUUCGAAGCACUCUUAUGUAGGUUUACCGAUGCUGAAGGCGUACUCAAGCGUCUCGGUGGAUUUCCGCUUCAAAACAGUCGAACCCAAUGGUUUGUUACUUUAUAACGGUGGACGACGUAAUGAUUUCAUUGCCUUGGAGUUGGUUAACGGUCAUAUUCACUAUACCUUUGAUAUUGGUGACGGGCCGAUAACAAUGCGCGACAAGUCGCGCAUACACAUGAAUGACAAUCGCUGGCAUCAAGUAAGCAUACGUCGACCGGGACCCAAAACACACACCCUCACCGUGGACGAUUCAUUCGAGAUUGUUACCCUGACCGGCAACAGCAUGCAUUUGGAGCUUUCGGGCAUACUCUAUAUUGGUGGCGUGUUUAAGGACAUGUACGCGAAAUUGCCGGCGUCCAUUUCAUCGCGUUCUGGUUUUGAGGGUUGCUUGGCUUCUUUGGAUCUGGGUGAUACAUCACCAACAUUGACUAGCGAUGCGGUUGUGCCCAGCUCGCUGGUGGUGACUGGUUGUGAAGGUCCGACCAAAUGCAGUCAGAACGCAUGUGCCAAUCGCGGCGUUUGCGUACAACAAUGGAAUGCCUACGUGUGUGAAUGUGACAUGACUUCGUACACCGGUCCGACGUGUUACGAUGAAUCAAUCGCCUAUGAGUUCGGCAAUAACAAGGGCAUCAUUCAAUAUGCUUUUCCGGAAAACAUGCAAGCAGAUACCGAAGAAGACAAUGUCGCUUUGGGCUUCAUCACAACCAAAUCCGAUGCUGUGAUAUUGCGUAUGGAGAGUGCGACCACACAGGACUAUAUGGAACUGGAAAUAGUCGAAGGCAAUAUAUUUAUGGUGUAUAAUAUUGGUACGCGCGAUUUGCCGUUAGGUGAAAUUGGCACCAAAGUGAACGACAACACCUAUCAUGUGGUGCGCUUUAGCCGUAAAGGUGGCAACGCCACACUCCAGCUCGAUGACUAUAAUGUGCAAACACUGACACCACAAGGGCAUCAAUCGACUGUGUUUAAUACCAUGUCCAGCAUUCAAGUGGGCGGAAAGUUUAGCCGUGGCGGUAGAACACGAAUUGAACGUCCAUUUGCUGGUGUUAUUGCCGGUUUGUCGGUGAAUAAGCUACGCAUACUGGAUUUGGCAGUUGAACGUGACCCACAUAUAACCAUACGAGGAGAUGUUCAAUUGGUAACUGGAGUAUUAGAUAGAAAUGAUCUGCAAAGAAUGCAGCAGACCCCAGCAAGUGGCUAUCCGGGCGCCAUUGAUGAUCUGAUCUUCUCGGGCGCAGGUUCUGGUUGUCGCGGUGACGAUGAAGAUGAGUGUACACCACCAUUCGAAUCGGGCAGCGGUGAUGACUUGAUUACGCCUGUGUAUGUGCCCCCCACAAAACAAACAACAACAGCACAAGUUGCUAAUACAGACAAAACUAACGGUACGGAACGUGCUUGUGACGAUGAGGACUGCCUGCAUGGAUCUGGUGAUUACGGCGAGACUACGGAGCAGUUCACUUCCACCAGCACAGCGAAAGGAUCAGAACCGAAUCAUGAAAUCAUAUCGUCAACAACAGAUGGCGUUAACCGCCGACUUGAUACGUCCAGCACAACCACAGAACAGCAGCGUUCAACUACUACUCUAUCCAGCAGUGUGAUGACACGAACCGAGAGUCAAACUUAUGCGCCACGAGAAACUACCGUACCUUAUAGCGCCACUACGAGCAUUGUCACGCAGCAACGGCAGACAUCAACACCCACUUCGAUCUACACGACCUCCACGCAACGCGCAUUCACAUCAACACUGACAACAACUACCAGCCAAGCAACACCACCACCUGAAAUCCAUUCCACAGCGACGGAACAUCAAACCACACCAUAUGACAUAAUACAGGUGUUCAGUGGUGGUGAAGGUGGCGAACGACAUCAUGGCGACGAAGAUGAAAAAUCAAAUAUGAUCUUUAAUGGUGAGCAUACAUCACUGCCGGAGGAACGACCACCACCGCACAUACCGUCACCACAUGAAACACCGCCAUACUUUCAAAUGCCACCACAACAACCGCCCACAUACGGCAAUAACUACCGCUCCAAGGGUAAGGGUGGUCGCGUCAACUCCAUCGAAGAGGAGCGCACCGCUAUGAUAAUCGGUAUUGUCGCUGGCAUACUGAUAGCUGUAAUACUGGUGAUAUUGUUGGUCUUGUGGCUGAAAUCGACCGGUGAUCGCAACUAUAAAACGGAAGGAGAGAAAGCCGCUGCCUAUGGACAUAAUCCCAAUGCGGCAUUGUUGGGCAACAGCAGUACCAACGGUUCCUACCAUCAGCAGCGCCACCACGGGACACACCAUCAGAGCAAUGGCCAUAAUGCUAGCGGUGGUGGUGGAGGUUCCGGCACUGGUGGCAGCGGUAGUGGCAGCAUGCUUGGCGCAGCUGGUGUCAAUAGUGGUGGCGUAGUCGGCUAUGGUUGCAUAAGUUCUGGCAUAGCCAGUACCGGCGCCGAUGGUCGUCCACAAAUGGCUGGGCUAGUGCAGCCUAAGCCGAAGAAACGAGAUUCCAAGGAUGUCAAGGAAUGGUAUGUGUAAAUUGUUUUUGUUUGAAUGAGGUCUGGGGCGAUAGAGAUUGUUAAACUCUUGGAUUAACAGCGAUGAGGUGUUGAGAAACGGAGUGGUUAAGUAUUUUAAUAUUUAAUUCAAAUUAGCAAUAAUAAAUUAACUAAAUUUAUGGAAUGCAUAUUUAGUCAAAGGCACACAAACACCAAAAUGCAAACAGACACAUACACACACAAAUACACUUAAUGAAAUACGAAAAGGUUCAGAAAAAAGUUCAGAGAUACUCACGAUGAGCGUGUAUUUAGCAAAAAUAACAGUUAUACGACACACGAAUCAAUGCAUUUGCAUACAUAACGGUUAUUAUUAUGAACGACAAAAUAACGAAAACUCAAUAAGAAAUUAUGGUAUAAAAGCUAGCAAAAGCAAUGGAAAAAACUAACAACAACAAACA